UUAGAUCACAUCUAUAUCGUAAUUUGUAAUUUUGAUAGGAUUUUUAAAAGUUGAUAGUCAAUUACUUGAUUUAUAGUAUUUUUUUUGCAAGUUGAAAUCAGAUCCUAUUUUGGACCACCACAAAAAUUAAGCAUUGUCCGUAAUCAGCUCGGAACACUGAUAUUGUCAGGAAAAUCAUUUAGCCAAGCCAACUCUCAAGACAACGGGCUGAAAAUGUUUUAAGUCCCAAUAUAAAGGGUGCAUUCUUAUGCAGUUCAACUCUGUGCAUACUCUUUCCUCUCUAUCUCUCUCUCUGAGAAACUCAAAUGAAUCCGAAGACUGUAGUCGAUGAGGUUCCACCAUACCUACGCGUAUACCAAGAUGGAACCAUAGAGAGACUCGUAGGCACAGAUUUCGCCCCACCAACUCUCGACCCCGAAACCGGCGUUUCCUCAAAAGACGUCCUCUUCCACCCGGAAACCGGCGUCUCCGCCCGUCUCUACCGCCCCAACCUCGCCGCCCACCACCAAACCAAACUCCCCCUCGUGAUCUACUUCCACGGCGGCGCAUUCUGCAUCUCCUCCACCGCCGAUCCCAAGUACCACGCCAUGCUCAACAUCCUUGUAAACCACGCCCAAAUCAUCCUCGUCUCAGUCGAUUACCGCCUCGCCCCCGAGCACCCUCUCCCGGCGGCCUACCACGACUCCUGGGCCGCCUUACAAUGGGUCGCCGCUCACCUCUCCGGCGCCGCCUCCGAAAACUGGAUCACGGAACACGUGGAUUUCGAUAGAGUGUUCUUAGCCGGCGACAGCGCCGGCGCCAACAUCUCUCACCAUCUCUCCAUUCGGGCCGGGUCUCCGGGUCGUGCGCUGGGGGAGCUGAAGAUCCGCGGCGUCUUGAUGAUUCAACCCUACUUCUGGGGCGAGGAAGCGAUCGGAGCGGAGGCCGAGAAUCCGGUUUUCAAAGCGGUGGUGGACAAGUGGUGGCGAUUCGUGUGCCCCUCCGACCUCGGCUGCGACGACCCGCUGAUCAACCCGUUUGUGAGCGGAGCUCCGAGCCUCGAUGGGUUGGGUUGUGGGAGGGUUCUUGUGUGUGUAGCUGGGAAUGAUAUUCUGCGCGAGAGAGGAAGGCUUUAUUACUCGGUUUUGACAAAAAGCAAAUGGGAGGGGAAACCGGAGUUCUUCGAGACUCAAGGGGAGGACCAUGUUUUCCACAUCAUGGACCCCACUUCCCUAAAUUCCACAAAUUUGAUCACUCGCUGUGCACAAUUCAUUCAACAAUCAUGAACUACGCUUCUUCGUUUUCAAACUCCCAAACCCUUCUGUCAUUUGUGUUUAUUGUCGUGUAAAAUAUUAAAAUAAUAAGAGGACAGAUUAUUUCGUUGUA